UGGAAGAUGGGAAAACACGAGAAAUUGGCUUGAUCGUAAUUUGAGGACUGGAGAAGGUUAAGAGUUCAUGUUUCGUCUUCCCAUGCUCCUGCGACAACGUUCCCUUGGUUCAGACUCGAUAGUUCGGACGCAGAGGCAUAUAAAAAAGUGCAGCCGGGAAAUCGAAGAGAAAAGGAGAAAAAAGAGAGGGAGGGAGAGAGAGAGAGAGGAAAGAAGAAGAUAAAAGAAAUGGUUCUCGAGAACUCUUUCCCUUCCUUCAAGCGCUCGGGGGCGCCGAAUUUCUGCAAUCCAGUGAGCAAAAGGAUCUUUUCAGAUAUUGCUGGAGACUUAACAAUUGAUGUGGACGGCCAGUCAUUUAUCUUACAUAAGUUCCCUUUGGUGACAAGAAGUGGAAAGAUACGUAAACUGGUGGCGGACAUCAAAGAUUUAGAAAUGUCCAAGUUGGAGCUUUUUAAUCUUCCAGGGGGUGCUGAGGCAUUUGAACUUGCAGCCAAGUUCUGCUAUGGCACAAACUUCGAGAUCACUACUGCAAACGUUGCAUCUCUUCGUUGUGCUGCUGAAUACUUGGAAAUGACUGAUGAUUAUUUAGAGGAGAACCUUGUUACUCGCACAGAAAUCUACUUGAAUGAAAUAGUGAUGCCAAGCCUUGAGAAGUCUGUUGAAGUUCUACGAACAUGUGAGAAUUUAGGUUCUUUUGCAGAGGAGGUGAAUAUUCCUAAUAGAUGCAUUGAGGCAGUUGCAAUGAAUGCUUGCAAAGAGCAACUUGUAUCAGGUUUGUCCCACUUAGAUUGUAAUAAUGGGUCCAGCAGAGUGAAUAUAAGUUGUCAAGAUUGGUGGAUUGAAGAUCUUUCUGUACUAAGGAUAGAUCAUUACCAGAGAGUGAUAUCUGCCAUGAGAAAAGUGGGUAUUCAUCAGGAUAGUGUUUCGGCUUGCCUGAUGCAUUAUGCACAGAGUGCCUUAAAGGGUAUUGGGAAGCGCCAAAUUUGGGAUCAUUCAAGGACAAAACCAAAUGGUCGUGUCCUUCUUGAGAAAGAGGAAAAAGUUGUUGUGGAAACACUUGCCUCCCUGCUUCCUACUGAGAAAAAUGCGUCUAUUCCGCUGAGUUUUCUGUUUGGGAUGCUAAGAAUGGCCAUAACGGUAGAUUCAACAAUUUCUUGUAAGCUGGAGAUGGAGAAGAAGAUUGGUUCUCAGCUGGAAAUGGCCAGCCUUGAUGACCUUCUUAUUCCUUCAUUGCAGACCGCUGAUUCACUCUUUGACGUUGACACUGUCCACAGGAUACUGGUAAAUUUCUUGCAGAGGAUUGAGGAGGAAGAGCCAGAGGAAGCCCAGCUUGGUUAUGAAUCCGAAGGCAUUGCAUCACCGAGCCACAGUUCAAUACUGAAGGUUGGAAGGCUAAUUGAUGGAUAUCUUGCAGAAAUUGCUCCAGAUCCAUAUCUUAAACUUCAAAAGUUCAUGGCAAUUAUUGAACUCUUGCCAGAUUACGCACGGGUUGUUGACGAUGGUGUCUAUAGAGCCAUUGAUAUAUACUUGAAGGCGCAUCCAGGCAUGACUGAGAAUGAGUGCAGGAGGCUCUGCAAGCUUAUCGAUUGCCAGAAGCUUUCCCAAGAGGCUUGCAACCAUGCAGCUCAGAAUGAACGCCUGCCCGUGCAAAUGACUAUUCAAGUUCUCUAUUUUGAGCAGCAGCGAUUGAAGAAUGCACUUGCCGGAACCUUUGCUGAAGGGUUCUUGUCUCAGCGAAUAAGCAGUGGCGUUCCAAGCGCAGCCAUGUCUCCUCGGGAUAACUAUGCAUCACUGAGGAGGGAAAACAGGGAAUUGAAGCUGGAACUGUCCAGACUCAGGAUGAGACUGAAUGACUUGGAAAAGGAACAGGUAUGCAUGAAGCAAGGGAUGGAGAAAUCGGCCGCCAACCGGACUUUUUUGACGUCCAUUUCUCGUGGGUUUGGUCGAAUUGGCCUUUUCGGCCAGCCCACUGUAAAACGACAGAAAAGUUCAAGAAAAUCUCAGGGUGUGGAGGGCAACCAUGGCCGACGAAGACGAAAUUCUCUAUCCUAAUUGUAAUUCUUACCAGAGUCCAACACCCUCUGCCAGAGAAGGGGCUAAAGUUGUCCUCCAUGAAUCUCUUCAUGGUUUUUGUAUCGUAUGUAAUUUGGUCAAAUUAAAAAGAAAUAUGAAGAUGCAGGUGCACUUGCAGCAUGAAAUCUAAUAUGAUAUUAAUUUUUUUAA